GAGACGGUGGCUAUCUUAUUUGUGGCCAGGCUGCUCGAGACUUGACCUUGGCCUUCUCCAUCGGCAUUCGUGGAAUGGACCCUUUCGGGGCGGCGCUGUCCGAAGAGUUUGGGCCCAGGGUGGAGGGUUUCGAUUGUACUGGGGAUCCGUACCGCUGCCCAGCGACUCUGACAAAAUGCCGUUUUCACUUUAAUCCUCUCUGUCUCGGAAAGCCUUUUGGGGGCAAGCCUGCAUCGCAGUUCCUGAGACCGGGCCGGUUUCAGCCAUAUCUGCUUGUUGGCUGGGUUUGUGCCCAGAGACGGCAGCACCAGGGUAGUACCGUGAGCCCUAAACCCCUAAACCUUAGACCCCUAGACCCCUAA